AGCGCUGCUGCGGCCGCGGGGAAGGGCCGGAGCGGGGCAGGGAUGCGGGAGGGGCGCGGGGCGGCGCGGGGCGCAGCCGGAGGGGCGCGGAGCGGGGCCCGGAGCGCCCCCGGCGCGGGGGGGCAGCGGUAGAGCCCCGCGGAGCGAAAGAAGGGCCCCGCGGCACCGCCGCCGCCCGGCGCUGUCCCAUGGGAUGUCCGCUGCCCCCCGCGAGUGCCCCGAUGCGGAGCGCCGCGCCCCCGCCAUGGCCUCGCUCUUCGGGAUCUGGUGGUGGUCUCUUCCCCUCGUGUUGCUGUGGGCGACCCCGCGAGUCGCCUCCUCGUGGUGGUACAUGGGGGCCGUGGGAUCGUCGCGGGUGAUGUGCGACAACGUGCCGGGGUUGGUGAGCCGGCAGCGGCAGCUGUGCCGGCGGCACCCCGAGGCCAUGCUGUCCAUCGGGCGCGGCGUGGCCGCCUGGACGGCCGAGUGCCAGCACCAGUUCCGGCGGCACCGCUGGGACUGCAGCGCCCUGGAGCGGGGGCAGCGCCUCCUCGGCCGCGUCCUGCAGCGCAGCAGCCGGGAGUCCGCGUUCGUCCACGCCAUCUCCUCCGCUGGCGUUGUGUUUGCCAUCACGAGGGCGUGCAGCCAGGGAGAGCUGAAGUCCUGCUCCUGUGACCCCGAGAAGAAGGGCUCUGCCAAGGACAGCAAGGGCCGCUUCGACUGGGGCGGCUGCAGCGACAACAUUGACUAUGGCGUUAAGUUCGCCAGGGCCUUCGUGGAUGCCAAGGAAAGGAAAGGGAAGGACGCCAGGGCGCUGAUGAACCUCCACAACAACCGUGCAGGAAGGAAGGCCGUGAAGCGGUUUUUGAAACAGGAGUGCAAAUGUCACGGUGUGAGUGGAUCAUGCACUCUAAGGACCUGUUGGCUGGCCAUGGCAGACUUUAGGAAAACAGGAGAUUAUCUGUGGAAGAAAUACAAUGGAGCGAUUCAGGUGGUCAUGAAUCAAGAUGGCACGGGUUUCACUGUGGCUAAUAAGAGAUUUAAGAAGCCAACUAAGAAUGACCUGGUAUACUUUGAAAGCUCUCCAGACUACUGUAUCAGGGACAGGGAUGUAGGAGGAGAGCCAGUACACAACCCACUUCUAUGUCAGGAAGCCAUGUGACAGCCUUUGCAGUAAGCCUAAUCCGGUGCAGUCAGCUGCUGGUGGAGGAUGCUGGGCGUGUGUCACGGUGCUGCUCCCUGCUCCCCACCCGGAGCCCGGCAUACGCUUCCACUCCUCCCCAGAUAACGCUCCUGAUGAGGCGUUUCUGUGCUGUGCAGCAGCCUGAAGAUAUGGCUGUUGGGAAGCUGCAGUAAGCCUUCAAUGGGAACGGGAACAGUGCUGUGGGAUUGCCUGCUACUCUCAUGGAGCGAGGAAAGAUAAACACAAGCUGAUCCGAGUUCAGAAGAGAUAACAUCAGCAGCUGAGCAGCAUUUUUUCUUGAUUAGUUUUAUUUUGCCCUGUUGAGCACUCCAGAGCAUUAGCCCUGCUAGAUGAUUGGAGGUAAAAUGAAAUGAGAUUAUGGAAGUCUGAGUUUGGAAAUAUGCGGACAGCACCUCAGUGUCGGCUAAGUAUAAUACCACGGUACUUUGUUAUGCCCUCAAAUGUAGUUCUGGCUCUGGGGAAUUCUGACAGUGUAAUGCUUCAGAAAUGCUGUGUACCUAGAGAUUGAUUAGAACUGGGGCUGAGGGAAGGAUUCCCAGAGCACGUUUCGUGAAGCAUCACAACUCAACAGCUUCACAAACUGUGAAAUGACAGAGCCAGUAUUCUCUGUGGCUUGGGUGUGUUAAUGCAUAAACCCCAGUAAAUGAAAGGUGCUCCAGAGUUGUAUCAUCAAUGAUCCAUCCAAAAAUCCCCAUGUCUCACCUCCUCCUGUUGGAGCUUGCAGCUUUGGCUGUUUGCUGGUGGCAGGCAGCCACUGAGGGUGCUGUCACUGUAUACACCCCGCAGUCUGUCUGGAGGAGGCACUGGAACAUAUAUACAUGAUUCACCCCUGCAAAGGGAAAAACGUUGAGUUAUUAUUUCUUUCCUAGAAGGAGAAGAGGAGUCAUUGCUUUCAGGAGGGAGAUAAUUUGUGGAAACCACUAAUAGCAGCUCACUUAAUAGCAGGAGAGUGUAAUAAGCCAGCCACCUCUAUCUAGCAUUAAGAUUUCAAGGCUUUUAGAGAAGGACCAAAGGAAGACUUGCAGAAUUGUUCAGAACCCACUUGAUUCUGGCUGUGUGGAACCCAAAACAAUUUUUGCCCAUCUAUAUAUUUUUUAAUCAUAAUUCACUAGAAGCAGAGGUUGGACAUCCCAGAGGGCUUUUGAAGACCUUAUGGUGAACUUUCAUAUUUUGACAUACUUAGCAUGGGCUUCCUUUAUAUUAACAUAAACUGCCAGCUGCCAAACUCAAUAAAAGCAUCCCCAGGACUGUACAGGGUGAGGCUUGUUAGGGAGGAUAAUGCUGUAAAAGGAAAUAGAGGGAAGGUUACGCCGAUGGCAGUCUGGGUGCAGCAUGUACUGGCUUUCCUCUGCUUGUCUGCUUGUAAGCUUCUGGUAAAAAACAUAUUAAUUUUUAAAAUGUUGCUUUUUAACCAUCCGUGCGGGCUGGGAUGAUUGAAAAUUGAAGCAAGUUUAUCACAUUUUGAACAGAUUAGGUGCAAAAAUAAAGAAUGCUUUGGGAAUAAAUGUGUGAGAAGCCACAGGACAGACAUCAGCUAUUUACUGGCAGAUCCUUUAGAAGGGCUGUUGUUUGUGGAGUCUGCUAAAGCUGUGUAAUGUGUUCCUGUAAAAGAAAUAGUUGAGAUCUGAAUUAGUUGACCUCUCCAAGUUAGACGUGAUGGCAGGAUUGCACUGGUGAGCAGGGGUUGACUUUUUGCAGAUGUUUUGGUAGCACCGGGGCAUUGGCCAUGUGAAGGUGGUGGUGGGGCAAAGGGACGGGUCGUGUCCGUGUGCAGGUGGUCUCAGGCAGCCCCUCAGGACCUGCUGAAAACCCAUGUGAGAUGUCCCUCGGGCUGCUUUGGGUCACCCACAGGUUUCUCCUGACCUCAUUUGGUCACAUUUUGGUGCUAUCAAAGCCAGCAUUGCUGCCUCUGCUUGCACAUGGGGUGGAGGUGGGCCAGGAGACUGGUGACAAUGUCAUGGGUCUCCAACAAGCAGCUGUGUCUGAGGACUCCUUCACGGGGUUACUUCCCUGUAAUUUUUUCCCCUUAUUGUUCCACAUAAGCCAUUUGCUGUGUUUCUGAGAGGAACGAGGAAGGCCAAGUUCGAAGCGAAAGAGAAACAUGAAAUUAAAUUGUGGCCUGGAAAGUAUUGGCACUGGGCAAGAUGUGUUAGCACUUCAAGUAUGUAACCCAUGGAGGGGAACCAACGCUGAUCUAUGUUAGACACUUUUCACUAAGGUUAGCCCUACACAGUCAGUCCCUGUGUGACUACUUGGCCUGCAUCUCCCAGUUUACGCGCUGAGAACAUAUGAGGCGAAGUCCCAGCCCGUGGGGCUGAUGCUGAGCUCGCAAUGACUUCAGUCAGAGCAAGGGCCAGCCCUGAGGGCUGGGGAGAUGCCAGCAAACUUGGGAUCCUCCUGGGACCGAGGGACCAGGACAGCUGGCAAUGGCUGCAGAGAGAGAAGUCAGACGUGCUCACUGUCAGCUUAUUCUGAAUGAGCUGACUUUUGUCAACACAUUUCUGUCUCUCCAUUACUGAUGUGCUCAAUCCCAACUCUCCCAGAGAUGGUUGUUUUCUGCCCACCCCCUCAGGCCCUCUCACACUUGCCAGGUGUGUAGGGUCCACCUGGAUAUUUCUUGAUUUAAAAAUUACUUUCAGAACUAAUUUUCUGUGAAUGUUUGUUUUUCCUUUUUUUUUUUUCUUUUAUUUUUUUUUUCCAAAGUGCAAGUAUGGAAACUAGUUUACUGUUGUUGAGCUUUUCACUUGUUUCUUUUCUUUUAGGCAAGUGUUGAGUAAUGAAGUUCAUUGCUUGAAGACAUAUUUUUAAAUAGAAAUAGAAGGGAAAAUCUCACGUUACAGAGAAAUAGUGUCACUGUAGUUCUUUAGGAAUGAGGAGAAGAUAGUUCUCAACUUUCCACAUUUGCUCAAGAAAAUGACUGUGCAAAGCAGGGAGAAAGGAAGGGUUUGAUGUGCAGGCCGUAGAGCUGGCAGUGCUCAGAGCUGUGGGUAUGUUGGCGUGUACGACGUUGUGUGUUGGCAUGGCAAUUCUAAAACUCAAACUGAAAACAAAGAGGUUGCACUAAAACUUUCUGCAAGUCAGAACAAUUUCCUGCCUCUCACAUGGUUCAGAGGUGUGCGGUAGGUAUAGCAGGGUGAGACGAGAGAAUUCUACCUUUUUUUCUUUAGUUUCCUCUGUUGUCUUCUUCACCUGAGUGCCUGAAUGCCUCCAGGGGUGCAGCGAUGUGCGUGACUGCUGUCAGCUAUUGCUCAUUUUCUGCCUCGUGGAGGAAACGUUUCUUAUGUGUGCACGUGUCGUAGGUGAACUGAGUUUGGCAAGGGCAAGGCAAGCUAAAUUUGCAUGCAGAAUAUUGUCAGAGGGCUGAGAUGUCUGUUGGUUCCCAGAGGGGCAGCCCUGCGUGGGAUGUGUGUGCCCUGGUUCAUCCAAUGGGGCUGGUGCCCAAGGACUGUCCUUGGGCUCAGGCAGAGCCACGGGAAUGCUGAAGAGGCUCUUUGAACUUCUCAGAUAUGUUAGUUUUGCUUAGGAGCUAAGCUUCUCUGUGCACUAUUUUGUCUUCUGCCACAUUCUGUGGAUAAUCUAGUCUCCUCCCCUAGUAGCACAGUAGAUGUUUGUUUUGUAUUGUGGGUGACAUCAGAUAAUACUGACUUUUGACUAUCUGUUAGGGAAUUAAAUCAUUUUCUUGUUGAAGUCAAUACAAAACUCCCAUUGAAAUCAGUGGGAGUUUCCCAUUCAGGUUCUCUUUGGCUGCUGUGCAGUUUCCUCAGACAUCUGGAAACCAGAACUUCUGGGCUGGGAAAUAACCUGUGUCUUGGCUGAGGAAUGCUGCUCACCUUCCCGGGAAGGCUCCCGCACCUCAUCACAGCCAUUCAUAUUGCAUCACCUGACCUUACGCAGAGGUUGAUGUGAGGCCUUCCUCCCGUAGCUGAACACCAGGCAGUUUGAAUCUAAUCCAAAUCAUGGUUAUUACGGAUUGUUAUCCUCUGUGUGCCACAUCACACAGCCUGGGCACUCCAGGUCUUUGUUACUGGGCCCCGUCAGUGUAGUACACCCACAUGUGUGGGUGGCUGGGUGGCAGGAGCAUGGGAGAAUUCAAAUCAAAUUCCUAAGGCACACAUCAAUCACACUUGUCAAGAGCUUGGCCUUUGUGACUUUAUUUUGUCUGAGUGGAGAGUGCGGGACGAGGCCCUACCAACACAUUUAUUCAACUAAAGGCGUUCUGCUCAGUCUGGGAUGUGAUAGAUGAUUCCAGGGGCUGGUUUGGGCACAGGUGUUGCAACUGCUUGCAUUGCUUUGUGGAUCAAGCUGCUAGUCUGAAAGUAGCAUUGGUUGGUUUCUGCCACCAGCCUGCUGCGUGACCAUGAGCAGGUCACACAGCUCUGUGUCCUUGCAGGUCCUUGGCCAUGCCCAAAUCAAUGCCAGGGCCUCUAUGUGCAGAGCGAUACCUGAAAACAGAACCUGCAAAAGUGAGGGCUAGGACUGUUGGUACCUUAUUCUCCCUUAGGUUCCCCACCUGCAAUCCAGGCCCCUGCGUAGAUGGUGGGGAUGGGACACCAGGAUCUGCUGCUGUUUCCUGGUGUAGAACAUACCUGGUGCAGCCUGUCACUGGUUUCCACAUCAACGCUAUGUGUUUCCUCAAACAAAAGGGACUUCAGCUCUGCCCAUCAGCUGCCUCCCUGUAAGCUCCCCAGUCUGUGCAGAGCUGGCCAGGCUGGAACAGGGCUGAGCUGGGGAUGGCAGAGCUUGGCCAGGCAGAGCAGCAUGACCCAGUGACAGGGCACCUGGUCCUGCUUUCAGUCCCCUCCACCCCGAGGUGGCACUUCAGCUCAGGGCUGGCCAAAGCAGCAAGCUGGAGGAGGGUCUUGGGCUGGGUGAGCAGCUGGAACAACAGUUGAAGCCUGUCCUGAUUAGAUACAAAAAGAGCAAAAUUUCCAAUACUGUGGCUAAGAGCAAAAUCUCCUGUAUUGUUCUCAUCAUGCAUUGGUCAGGUGGCAAUUGGCAGAAGGUGACUCCACUCACAUGUGUGAAAUCACUGGCUGCCUGUGUGCUGGGCUGAUGACACAUGGGACCUGAUGUCUGCCUGCUGCUGGGGGAGGCAGGGGAGCCUGGGGGCAAUGUGUGUUUCUGUGUGCUGAAGUGCUUCAUACAGUAGCGGUGGGACGUAACUCCAAGUACACCAUGGGGAGAAACAAUAGAAAACAGGAAUUAAUGCAGCUUGGCUUGCUAAUAGUUAAAAAUUAUGGCUUGGGUUUUUAUUAAUUAAGAUAGAUUUGCUGUCCUGCUUCCACAGAUUUCAACUACUGUCUGCAUGCAUUUUAUUCCUUAGAAAGGUGGAAUUUUCAUGUACACCUGUGAAAUAACACACUAGUAACAAAACUGAGCAGGUAUGCUUUGUAGAAUGUUCCCAGUUAAUUUAGUGAUCAUAGUUACUGUGUAGGGGAUUCCGUUUUGGCCAAGAGCAGACAAAAAUAGCUAUUAUCUGGUCUAAAGACAGUGCCAGAGCAGUGUUCAUCUGAAGGCUGCAUCAGAAAUUCAUUGGUAAUAUUAAUACCUAAGAAAUUAGGUUGGGCAAAGAGGUUUUCAGAUGGAAAAUGGUCUGCCAAGAGCUGUGGCAUAGAUCCUGUAGAGUUCUCUGAAAUAAGUUUGCGUCAGCUGAGCACCAACUCCUGUGUGGCACAGCAGCCCCCAGGCAGGAAUGCCUUGAGGAGGUGACGGCAGCCAUUUUGUGCCACGUGGCUGCGGGCAGAGGUGUCCCAGCACUCGGGAUGUACAGAGAGCAGCAGGCCGUCUCCCUGCCCUCCUCCUGCCCACAGCAGAUCGGUUUCUUCUAAUGCAGGGGCUGUGAACCACAGCUGUGGCGCCAGGUGUUCCGAGCGCUGUGCUUCUGCAGGCUUUAAUGCCAGCAGCAAGGUCACUGCCCACGCGGCCCUCACAGCCAUCAGCUAUAGCAGUUUUGGGCCCAGCAGCCCUCCCCUGCCCGCCCAGUGCUGCUCUGUGGGCCCAUUGGCUGCAGAACAGAGUGCUGUGCUGCACAGCCCUGGGGACUGAACGCAGGCAGCAGGGCUGUGUGGCUGUGGCUUUCCCUGGGUCAAGCAGAGCCCUGCAGUAUUUGGUCACUGGUACUCCUCAUUUCCAGAAAUCAGGUUGCCCAAAAUGUGAGGCCAGUUUUGCCCUCAUACAAGCAUUUCUCAUUUGACAAAUAAUCCGCAGCGAUGUGAUGUUGGAGGACCAAAUGCAUGGCAGAUUGUGUCUCCUCUUCUUAUUUUCAUGCCGUCUGUCCUUUCUGGAACCCCUUUCA